AUGUCGUCCACUCCGUUCAAAGGCUCGCUCAAAGCCAAGAGAAAGGGCGAGCUCACCGAGAUUGCCCAGGCGCUUGGCAUCGGCCUCGACCAAUCACAAAAGAAGGAGGAGCUCGAGGACCUGAUUCGUGAACAUCUUAUCAGCCACAAGAAUCAGUACUCUUCCAACGAGAAUUUCAAGGGACUCAUCGACAGCCUCGACUCCAGCCGAAGACGUUCGGGUCGCUCGAGCAGCGUCAACGGUAACGCCGAAUCGGACGGCUCGGAUUCGCCUGAAGCGUCGGUCCGCUCGCCUCGCAAGCACUCGCAGCGCCCGUCUAACCUCGGCAUUCCCUCGACGCCGUUGAGCGCCAUCCCUGCAAGCGCUUCGGAUCUCGCCGCCUCCGCCAAACAGCGCGGACUCAAGGCUCGCAAGUCACUCGACAAGCUUGUCGACACCAUCUCGGCUAACGCUCGCUCCACCGCCCACGAGCUCGGCAGUGAAGUCCAGGACGCCCAGAGCGAAGUAAGCGCAAGCCUUCACGCCGUCCAGGGUGAGGCUACUAAGCGCUACCGCAAGGCGAAGCAGCAAGGUCACAAGCUCUUUGUACGUGCUCGCACCUGGCUCAGCGACACCAAGAAUCUCGUUCGGCUUCUUGUCGCGUUCGAGGGUCUCUUGCUCUUGCUCGCUACGCUUCCCACAACCUACAUUGAGAUUGGAAGUCGUGGACCUAAAAUCCCCGUCGUUAACCCCAAGUCUGGCAUCAACGCUUACCUGCCUCACUGGGCCAUCACGUUGCCCGACCCUCGCGGCUUGAUCAGCUUGGACUUUUACCGUCCCUUGACGCUGUGGACUGUCUACAGCGUAUUGGUGCCCCUCGCGGUUGCCCAUCUCGUCACCUUUGACCGUCGCGCCCAGCCCUCGGCCUACUCAUUCCUGCUGGCACGUCUCUCAGUGCUUUUCUUUUUGGCGCGCGUGCUGCCCAACAGCACGCUGACUGCGCUUGGUCUGCCGGCGCCUGCCGUACUCGGCGUCGCUGCCGGCGAGGUACGCGAAUCUGCCCUCAUCCGAGGUCUGCGCUCGCUCUUCUCUUAUGACUACGUGCUUGCGCACCUUGGCGUGGACUUGCAGAUCUGGGCGACUGCUACAGCGUUUGGGUUUGCCCAGUAUGAGACCAUCGCUGUCCGACCCCGCGCUGCUUGA